CCAAACACACCGCACACUACACUGUCCAACGUCCACUCCUCUGCCAUGCGCGGGCUGUAACUUUCUUCGGAUCGUUCCUUUUUGCGCUCCCGAGUCAUGGCUCCGUUUGGAAGGAACUUCCUGAAAGCUCGACUGAAAAGCAGGACGACAGACGCCGAGCCUGUCAUAGGAAAGGAGAUCCAGGUUACUGUCUGCAAUGAGGAAAAGGUUGUGUGUGGUGUAACGAAGCACACAACCUGUGCAGAUUUGAUUCAGGCGUUACUCGAGGAUCACAAGUCAGUCCCCGAGAGCAAACGGCUCCUGCAUGGGGAACCCAAAGACUUCUGUCUCGUUGAGCGUUGGAAGGGCUUUGAGAGAGCGUUGCCUCCUCUCACCAGGAUCCUGAGGCUCUGGUAUGCCUGGGGUGACCAGCGACCCUUUAUCCAGUUUCUCCUCUUUAAAACCAGUGAUUUUGUGCCUCAGCCCAACAAGAGGGCUACAAAAGCCAAGGGGGCCAAACAGAAACGGUGGGAGCAUGGUCAUGCGCAGUACCCCCAGUCUCUGCCUGUGGAGAAGCAAAAGCGCAUGGUGAAGAAAGCUUUCAGGAAGCUGGAAAAGCUUCACAGUGAGAGCAAAAGCCCCCCGGGCGCCGAGGAGAUUCAAAGGAUGGUGCAGCUCAUUCUCAACCAGGACCACACCAUCCGGGAGCAGAUCCAACACAUGAGGGAGCUGGAUAUGGAGAUUGAGGAGUUUGAGCUACAGGCACAGAAAGAAGCCGAGUGUGAGAGUGCAAUGGCUCAGGCUUGUGGUCAGAGUCUGGAGGCAGCGCACGGUGAGGAGCAGCGGCAGGAGUACCUGUACACCCGUGAUGGAAUUGAGCAGCUUGACCUGCAGGUUCAGAGACACCAGGAGCUCAUCCUUCAGCUGACUCGGGACAUUGACAUAGAGCUGAGGACGGCUAGCUUCCCAUUAGACCAGCACGAAGAGAGCUACGAGGGAGGUGCAGCAGCUGCUUCCUGGAUUGGCUCCGAGACAGACCAGCAGUUCUACGCCGACGAACUUGAGAAGCUACAGGAUGAAUUGCAACACAGCCUUUUUGCUGGUGUGUCUCUGCACAACCAAGCCGCAGAGGUAGACAAGCAGCUCAAGUUCUUUGACACUACACUGGUCUCCAAGGACCAGGAGUGCUGGCAGCUGGCUGCCCAGCUCAGGUCACUGCAAAUCAGGGACAGCACAGACGACAAGUCCAGUCCUCCGUCGCUGCAGAACUGUGAGACUCAGUGUUGUGUCUCACAGACAGUGAAACUCAAACAUAGCCUGUCCCCCGUAGACAUUGCAGACACAGACUCAGACACUGGGAUUAGCUCAACACACAGUCAAGACUCGCUGUCACCAUGUCUGGACUUUCCUCCCCCACUGGAUACAGACGUUUGAACAACCCACAUGACCCUGCCAUUUAAUGCUCUGUGUGCAGUCGCCCCCAGUUUGUGCCCAUCAUUUCAUUUGAACUUACAUUUCUGCUCUGGUUUGAUAUUUCAUGAAACAAGUUAGUAAUUUGGUAAAAGCUUAAUGGAACAGCUAAAACAAUGUUUGAAUAACCAAGGAACAUCGAAUUUAAUUUGUUUUCAAGUAGGAAUACUAAGUAUUCUUUGGUCUUUGCUUCUCUUAUUAGUUCCCUGCUUUUGUUCUGCAUAAUACUAUGAAUCUCUGUGAUAAUGAAUUUGAAAGCUGGAUGGAUAACUUCUUGUUAUUGAGUUAUUAUGAUGGUAAAACUGAUUACACAGUACAAUGGUGAUAGAACAAUGACACUAUUAUAUUGUCUAUGUUUUUUUUUCUUGCCCACCAGGGAGGGUUCUCAGAAGCAUUAUGAAUCACAACAAUGUAAUUUCCCUGUUUUUUGUUUUUUUUAAAGGUCCAAGAUAUGGGGAAUCUAACAACAGAAAUAAAUACAAUAUUUAUUGUUUAGACCAGUUCCGCUUCCACAAAGGUUUUUGGAUUGUAUUGCCAUGCAAAAGGCAUUCAUUCAUUCAUUGUAUUCUACUUUAUCCUCCACAUGAGGGUCACAGGGAGCUGGAGCCAAUCCCAGCUGACAUAGGGCAAAAAGAGGGGUACGCCUUGGGCGGGUCACCAGCCUUAAGGUAUUCAGUUGGUUCCAAUAUGAGCCUUCAACCCUAUAGAUAACACCACAUUCUACACACUUCUCCUUGUUUUCCCAGUGUUAUAAAAAAAAUGCAAUCAUUUUUGGUUUGUAAAUGAUCUAAAACUCUUUGAAAUACAAGUUGAAUGUUUAGUUUAAUGGAGGAUGCUCAGCACUGAGACUCUGAUGUAAUACAGCUACAUGGAAGGCACAAACUGGAGCUAUGGCUGCACUAAGUCCUGUCUAUUACUGUUUGAUGGUUUUCACGUCUCUGCAUAUAAUUGUACUUUUUUUUUUUGCCCCAACAAAGAUGCAAAGACUAUGUUCUUCUGACAGACAUGUUUAACAUGUGCCAGACUUGGUUGCUGUUAAAUCAUGUUAGAACAUGAUGAAUGUAUGUUUAGCGCCACUCUUAAAAUCAAGCUUUUUUUUCCUUUUUUUUUCUUUUAAGCUGCACUUCUCUGUACACACUUUUUUUAUUUUAUUAACAAUGUUUUAUAUUAAAACAAAUUGUGAACUGUUGAAAUGUAUAACCAUAGCAUUCCUCCGUUGUAAUACUCUGUAAGAGACCAAAUUUGCAAAGUCUGUUUGAUAAAGGAAAUGAGAAUUUAUUUAUUAAUAAAGUUUAAAAAAAAAAAAGUAUUUUCAAAUUCAAAUCUGAUCAAACACACUAGAAUAAUGAUAUUAUUAAUAGUACUUAGAUACUGUAAAUAUUUGGACUAUAUAUAUAUAUGUAUAAACACGCUGAAAAACACACACUAUGAUGAAGUAAAAUGUAUAUUUUGACUUUUCAUAAUAAACACUAACAUUGCAAGUGUCACAUGAAGUAAUAGUGUCGUUGAGGUUUAUCCAAGUUGAGUUGAAGUGUGCUGAAAUAAAGUGGUUGUAGAAGUUCCUGAUACAGCAGCAGACAGCAUUCUCCAUGCAGCUGAAUGUACUGUGUGUGGUCUGGAAGGCAAACGUCAGUGAAAUCAUGGCUGCCAGCGGGGACACAAAUAAAACUCUCACAGUGAGACGGCCUUUUCUGACUGCUUAAUGAAGUUUUUGUUGCUUUGUAAAAAAAAACGCAUUCCCCCACACCAAAGUCCAUAGAAAAAAUCAGCAAUUUUACAUAACGGCGCGCAGAGUUUGAUGAUCCACCACUACAUCCAAGUUCAAAUGAAGGCUGUCAAAGUAUUUUAUUUUUCUUAAUUGAAUUU